AUGUUUCAGCUGCCAAUCCUAAAUUUCAGCCCUCAGCAGGUGGCGGGGGUUUGCGAGACGUUGGAGGAGAGUGGAGACAUUGAGCGCUUGGGUCGCUUCCUCUGGUCCCUCCCGGUGGCUCCAGCGGCUUGCGAGGCGCUCAACAAGAACGAGUCGGUGCUGAGAGCCAGAGCCAUCGUGGCUUUCCACACGGGCAACUACAGAGAGCUCUACCACAUCCUGGAGAACCACAAGUUCACCAAGGAGUCACACGGCAAGUUGCAGGCCCUCUGGCUGGAAGCUCACUACCAGGAGGCAGAGAAAUUGAGGGGUCGCCCCUUGGGUCCAGUGGACAAGUACAGGGUGCGAAAGAAGUUCCCCCUGCCCAGGACCAUCUGGGACGGUGAGCAGAAGACUCACUGCUUCAAAGAGAGAACGAGGCAUUUGUUGAGAGAGUGGUACCUGCAGGAUCCUUACCCGAAUCCCAGCAAGAAGAAGGAGCUUGCCCAGGCCACCGGACUUACACCCACACAAGUGGGCAACUGGUUUAAAAACCGUAGACAAAGAGACAGAGCAGCAGCAGCUAAGAACAGGCUACAGCAGCAAGUCCUGUCUCAGGCAUCCGUGCGCUCUCUGAGUGAGGAAGAGGCGGCCGUGGGACCCAUGGUGGGCGCUUCCAGUCCCGCCGCCAGUCUGUGCAGCGUCUCGGAGAGAAGCAAAGCGGCCACUUCGGCCAUCUCCAUCACCUCGAGUGACAGUGACUGCGACAUCUGAGAGAUACCAGAGAGAGAGAGAGAGAGAGACACACACAGAGACAGAGACACAGAGAGAAAGAGGGAGAGACCACAUCGUUGAGAGUGCCUCCAAUAUCCUCGGCUGCAUCCGAACAAUGAGUCGAGCAAAGACUGGUCCAAUAUCACUGGGGGCCAAGGGACCACCAAGUCUCCGCAUC